AACUUCAUUUAUAUGCUAAUGAAUCUCCGCUGAUGCAGAGUGAUUCACGUUUGAACCGCAUACCAGCGCAGGGUAAUGAACUUCUUAGACAGAAAGCGGCUAUAACCAACUUAAAAGUGUUAUAAACAAAACAGCGAAGCUUAUUUACCAACAUGCCGCUCGCAAAUAAUGCAGACCCUUGGCAUAGACUACCCGUCGCUACAGAAGCUGAGUUUACGGGUUCACAAGAAGACCUGACUGCUGAGGCGCCUGAGGUACAAGAACAUGAAAUUCAAUUGGAAAAUGAAAUCAAGAAAACGAAAGUAGUCAAAGCGACACCAUCACAUUUUGAGUUGCUAAAGGUGCUAGGACAAGGAUCAUUUGGGAAAGUUUUCAUGGUGAGGAAAGUUGUUGGCCCAGAUGCUGGCAAAAUAUAUGCAAUGAAAGUUUUGAAAAAAGCUACACUAAAAGUGCGUGAUAAAAUGAGAACAAAAAUGGAAAGGGAUAUUUUGGCUGAAAUGGAACAUCCAUUCAUAGUGCAACUUCAUUAUGCUUUCCAGACUGAAGGGAAACUUUAUCUUGUGCUUGGAUUCUUAAGAGGUGGAGACCUUUUUACAAGACUGUCUAAAGAGGUUAUGUUUACUGAGGAGGAUGUCAAGUUUUACUUAGCUGAGCUGGCAAUGGCAUUAGACCACUUGCAUAAACUAGGGAUUAUUUACAGAGAUUUGAAACCAGAAAAUAUUCUUCUCGACUAUGAUGGGCAUAUUAAACUGACAGACUUUGGCCUAAGCAAGGAGUCAAUUUAUGACGAGAAGAAGGCGUUUUCGUUUUGUGGAACUGUUGAGUACAUGGCACCAGAAGUUGUGAAUCGCCGUGGGCAUGGAACGGCAGCUGACUGGUGGUCAUAUGGAGUCUUAAUGUUUGAGAUGCUUACAGGAUCGUUGCCAUUUCAAGGUGCAAAUAGGAAAGAGACAAUCAAUAUGAUUUUGAAAGCAAAACUUGGAAUGCCUCAGUUUAUUAGCCCAGAAGCUCAGCUUUUGCUUCGUGCGCUUUUCAAAAGAAAUCCAGCAAACCGACUAGGUGCAAAUCGUGGACUCGAUGAAAUGAGAGAGCAGCCGUUUUUCAAGACUAUCGAUUUUGAUAGACUUGUGAAGAAGGAACUGGCUCCUCCUUUUCAACCUGCUGUGACAAAAGCAGACGAUACCUACUAUUUUGAUAAAGAGUAUACUUCAAGAACUCCAAAAGAUUCCCCUGCGGUUCCACCAAGUGCAGGCUCAAAUCAGCUAUUCAGGGGAUUCAGCUAUGUUGCUCCAACCGUCUAUGAAGAGAAUGAAAAUGAUAUGGAGAUUGAUAUGCCCAGUGAGGAUCCGAAUGCUAAUGAUGGAAAGUCAAUCACUGACAACUAUGAAAUAAAGGAGGAAAUCGGCGUCGGGGCAUUUUCGGUUUGUAAAAGAUGUGUCCACAAAGCAAGCAGUCAUGAAUAUGCCGUUAAGAUUAUUGAUAAAAGCAAGCGGGAUCCAUCUGAGGAAAUCGAGAUUUUGUUACGUUACGGAAAUUGGCCAAAUAUUAUCAGCAUACGAGACGUUUUUGAUGACGCUAGAUAUAAGUAUGUGGUAAUGGAAUUAAUGAAAGGUGGCGAGCUGUUGGACCGGAUCCAGAAACAAAAGUACUUAUCUGAAAGAGAGGCUGCAAUGAUUCUGGAGGUGGUGACAAAGACCGUCGAUUUCCUUCAUCAAAAGGGGGUCGUACAUAGAGAUCUGCAGCCAAGUAACAUUCUCUAUGCCGUUGAUGGAGGUGGCCCUGAAACACUCCGGAUCGCUGAUUUUGGAUUUGCUAAGCAGAUACGAGCUGAAAAUGGGCUGCUUAUGACACCGUGUUACACUGCAAAUUAUGUUGCACCAGAAGUUCUGAAGAAACAAGGGUACGAUGCAGCUUGUGAUGUUUGGAGUUUAGGCGUUCUACUUUACAUCAUGCUUUCUGGGCGAACCCCCUUCGCAACUGGUCCAGAAGAUGACACAAAUAGGAUUUUAACACGAAUAAACGAUGGGAAUAUUUCAUUAACUGGUGGAACAUGGGAAGGGGUGACUGAUUUAGCCAAGGACCUUGUCCGAAGAAUGCUCCAUAUUGAUCCAAGACAAAGGAUCACUGCUUCGCAGGUUUUGAAGCAUCCUUGGGUCAGAGGCCGAUUUUCUUUGCCAGAUAAGAAAAUUCAGUUCAUGGAAACAGCAUCACGAAUCAAGGAAGCGGUCAAAGCCACAUUCACUGCACUUCAAAAGUCACCUGACACGAAGGCUUUAGAGCCACUAAACGCAUCUCAUCUUUAUCAGAGAAGAGUAGGGAAAGCUAAAUUCAUGAGUUGGGGUAAGAAAUGAGCUACUUAGAACAAAUUAGAACAUUUUGUAGUUGCUAGAAGACCUGUUGUAUUUGUGCGUAAUUUUGUAUAUAUCUAUGUUUUGUGAUAGUCCUUCAUGGAUUUUCUAGGUUGAAGGUUUGUACCACGUUUAAUCGUGACCAAGGUAGUUGUUGUUCCGAUGUACUUUGUCGUUGUAGUGUCCGAGGUAUAGCUUUUGGUAUAUAAAUUUAUCCUUCCUUCUAAAAUAAGAUAUAUACAUAUGACAUUCCAAAAUAUAUUUUGGACAAACAGACGUUAUAGAUCCCGUGUAAUACAAGAAACAGCUUGCUUAUUUCCAUGGUAUUCUAAAGGAUUUAUAAACUCUGUUUCUUGUUUUUAAUAAAACGAGUUAAAUAAGCCUCGAACAGUUUUCAUGUCUUUAUGAAGCACUUGAAUGUCUUAUUAAGUCCUUUUCAGUGAGGUUUUCGAUUUGGUGAUAAAAUACAAUAAAAUGUAGCCAUUCCAAAAUCAAUCCUAAAAGAUUUCGUCCUUUUAAAAGUAUUUUUUGGUAAAUGACUUAGAUGUCUGUACUGAAUAUUUUUCAGUAAGUUUGUGUGUUGUUUCAGUUUUUUGCAGUCACUGGGGUAAUUUUUUUUACUGGUUAUUCAUGUAUUGCUAUAACAUAUUCUUGUUAGACUUUUUAGAAAUUUCAUAUUUAUCCAAUAAUGAUGGCAGGAUAAAGAUCUUUGAGAUGCAGUUUAUUGAUGUGAAGUAUUUCGUAAAUGAAAAAGAAACUCAAAUUACA